CCAGCCAUCCCAUGCCCCCUCCUUCCUCUCGGUCCACAAGGCCCCCUCAUAUACCACCGUGACUCUUUCUCACAGGUGUUUCUCUCCCCCCCCCGCCCCGCCUGCCUUGGAAAUUCUGCAACUCCAUCGCUUUGUGUUUUGCCGUUUUGCGAUUUUCCGUUUGCUUUUGAUACUCGGAAGUCAGCUCUACUCAUUGCUUUUCCUGGGCUUAAUCUAAUUCUCGCAAACGACAUUAAACCGAACUCUGAAAGACCUCUCACUGCACUACACCGUGUGUGACGGCAUUCUCACUUCGCUAUGCCUGAGGUGUACCGCGAGUCCCGCUACAUGCGGGAGCGGGACACGUCUCCCUCAGACGAUGAGGGGUACCGGAGAACGACUGUGCGCCGGUACAAGGUAACGCCUGACCGCGUCGAGCGGAUCGAGCGCGAGGUGGACGUCGUCGAGGAGGAGCGCCGUAGCCGUUAUGCUCCCGUUCGCCGCUCCAGCCGGGACGAGAUUGUCGAGGUGGACCGCCGCCUCGAGCGCAUGUACAUCCCCGAGCGGCCUCGGUCAGCGUACGAUCCUUCUCCACACAGCGCAACCUACGUCGAGCGUCAGGUCAUUGAACGAGAGCGGGAGCGAGACCCCAGGGAUGACCACUACGCCCGAGUUGACCGGGUAGAGUAUCGUGGAGAUGGGCCCCGCAGCGCGGUAGUGGAGCGCGAGAGGGUCGUUGAGCGUGAUGAGCGGGUCCGCGAGGACGACUACCACCGCAGCAUCGAUAGAGAUCACGGGAGGGUCGUGUACGAGUCAACCAAGGAGGUUGAACGGGUCGAUCGCGAUGACGUACGUUCGCCCCGGGAUUGGGACCGACGCUCGUAUUGGGACGACGAGAGGGAAACGGACGUACGUGUCGAGAAGAGGGUCGAGCUCCGGGAUUCCCAUGGCGGCGAGGUCCGUCUCGAGCGCCGGGUCGAAGAACGCCGUGACGAGGGUUUCUCCAGCGGAGGUGCCGAUGUCGAACGCUGGCGCAAGGAAACCGAGUACUACGAGCCCGCACCGCCAGCACCUGCUCCCAUCGUUAUCCGGCAACGCGCCCCGGAACAGAAAAUCAUCCUGCAAGAGGCUCCUCCGGCCACUGUAGUCAUCCGGGAGCAGAACGCAGACAACCGGGAGCUUGCCCUUGCCCGCCAGGGCUCGCGCGACGGCGAGUACUACUAUCACCGUGAGUCUCGUGAAGUCGGCCCUUACCGGGGAGAGCGCCGUGAGGAGGAGUACGCGAUGGCGCGUUAUGACGAUGACCACCGGCACCGGCACCACCACCACCAUCGCCACCAUCGCCACCACCAUCGUGAAAGCUACAGCGAUGGUGGCGACACUGACGACGAAUACUACGUAAGGCGCAGCGGUUCUCGGCGGGAACGUAGCUCAUCGAGCAGCCCGCACCGGAAGCGUCAUAUCGCCGAAGGAGCUCUCGCCGGAGCCGGCAUCUCUGCGAUUCUUGCAUCGAGGCGUGACUCCCACGGUGAGUAUAAGCAACAUCGCGGCCGCAAGGUUCUUGCUGGUGCUGCCCUUGGCGCACUUGGCACCGAGGUUGCGAGGCGCGCACACAGCGCUUACCAGGAGCGGUACGGCGACGAUGAGAGAGAACGCUACCGAUCUCGCUCCCGAUCUCGCUCUCGCUCUCGGCCCCCUCAUUCUAGGCUGAAGACUGGCCUCGGCAUCGCUGCUGUUGCCCUCGCGGCUGCGGGUGCAGCCAAGUAUUACCAGAGCAGCAAGAUUGAAAAGGAGGAGAUGAACCGUGGCAGAACCCUCCAUCGCGAUAGUGACACCGACAGGUCUCCCAGCCGAAAGCGGUCGAAGAGCCGUGCCUCGUCAGUUGCCAAGGCUGGCUUGGGCACGGCAGCCGUUGCCGGUUUGGUCCAGCACUACCGCCACAAGAGCAAGUCGAGAGACGGAAAGAGCCGCUCCCGCUCGCGCCUCCGUACCGGUGCCGAGAUACUGGCCGCUGGCCUCGCUGGCGCCGGCGCUAAGAAGCUUUAUGAUAAACACAAGGAGAAGAAGGAAGAGGAAAAGCAUGACCGCGAACGGGAGCGCGAGUUCAGUGAUGACGAGUAUUACGACCGCGAUGCGCGCGACUAUCAUCGCCGGAGCAGGAGCAGAAGCCUGAGUCGGUCCGAACCCAUGUACCCCGACAAUGACUCUUCCGUCGCUGAUCCUGAGUUAGGCAUGGUUGAGUACGGGGCCCAACCCCUGUACGCGGACCCCUCAUACCAGGACGAUAGAGGGGCCGCUUCAGAGGGGUACGAGUCUGCGGCAGAGGAAAGGAGUCGCAGGCGUAGGAGGAGGCACAGCAGGAGGCGGAGGAGUGACGACGACUACUCUGCGGACAGCGAGUCGGAGACGGAUCGUGACAAGAAGGCAGAGAAGAAGCGGAGUGGAAGUAGGCUGCGGGACCUCGCAGCUGGUGCUGCAGCGGCCGGCGCAGCCGCCAUUGGCCUGAAAAAACUCAAUGACAGAAAAGAGAAAGGGAAGGAGAAGGAGAAAGACGACAAGGACCGCGAGAGAGAUAGGGAGAGAAAUAGAGAGAAGGAACGGGAGAGGGGCAGGGAGAGGGACCGGCGUCGCUACGCGGACGAAGACCCGGCGGACGAAAACGAGACCUACGGCCGCCGAGCCCCUUCACCUCCGCAUGCGUCUGGCGGGUACUACAACCCUCCGCCAGCGGCAACCCAAGGAGCUCCGGCUCCUACCAACGGCUUCACACAGCAUCCUAACAUCGCCACCACGAAUCUACACCAACAGUACGCACCCUAUCCUCCAGACUCGGCGUACACAGCGUAUGCUCCGCCAGUGCCGGGCCCGCCUCCCAACUCGGCUGUAGGCACUGGUGCCGUACCUCCGCCCAUGGCUCCACCGCCAAACCCCACGGCUCCUGAACAUGUGAGUGAAGCUUCCCGUGUUGGUCGUUCCACUCCAGAGGCAGAAGCUGCCGUUCGCUCCGCUGCUGGUGAAAAGAAGGAUCGUGUAAAGCCAGCGAAUCUCUUCACCCCGCCAGCCAAUACAACAUCGGAGACGGAUGCACCUGACACUCCUCGGACCUCCAAGUCUGUCGUCUUCGUCCCGCUUUCCCCCAAAUCAUCCGCCACACUUCGUCGCCAUCAUGAGGAGCAAGGAGCCAAGUCGGACGCGGUAGAGAUAGCCAGUGAAAGCGAUGACAACCGAAUCUUCUCGCGCCGGCGUCGUAACUCUGAUCCGUCCGCGGACCGGCCGUUAACUCCCGGUCGCCGGGUGUAUGGCAAGGAUGCAAGCUCGGAACCCGAAACCGACGACGAAGAAGCGAUAGAGAUGCUACCGGACCGCUUCGACGCUGAAGGUCGGCCCCUUGACGGAUCUAGUCCUAUACGUGGACGCGGCUCGGCGUGGCAUAGCCGGCGCGGGGACUUUGAGUACCGGAGCCCGCGCGGCGCCAACGGGAUGAGUAUGCGAGGGGAAUGGGGAGUUGCCGGGACGGACGCGGAGGCGGUAGAACGUAUCGUACGCAACGUCACUGGAGUACUAGAGGGAAGGGGCAGCUGGCUGGGGUUGAUUAGUGGAAUCCUAAGUGGGAGUCUGUUGAGCGGAGGCGAUGGAACGGGAGAAGAGCGGCGGAGGCUAUCGCAUCGGGAGAGAGAAAGGAGUCGCGAUCGUGAUCGUGACCGUGACAGAAGCCGGGAUGACAGGGACGAGAGCAGGCGGAGACGAAGGAGGGAUGAUGACGGGGAUAGUCGUAGGCGUUUGCGGAGAAGGGAGGAGGAGGAGGAUGAGAGAGAUGAGAGAGGUGAAAGGAGUCGUCGGAGGUGGAAGGCGGAUGAGCGAGGAGAGAGCAGCAGGCAUGCGGAGGACAAGCGAGCUCGUGGGAGGGAGAGGGAGGUUUCUGACGACGACGACAACGACUACUACUAUGAUGAUUAUUAUCAUGAGGAACGGAAGCGGCGAAGGCGGAGAAGGGAAGAGGAGCUUUACGAGAGGGGCAUGGGGCGGUCGCAGACUUGGGCAUGAUGGUGAUGAUCAUGACUGAUGACUUUAUGAAUGUUCUGAUGUUUUGCUUUUUUUGCGUUUGACUGUUCAUUUCCUUUUUCUUUCCAUAUGUAUUUUUUUGUUUAUUUUGUUUUGUUUCCGUUUCUUUUCCUU